UCUCAUAUAUACCUGUCUUUCUUUUCCGUGGCUUAUUUUAACCCCCCUCCUUUGCUUAGUGCGUUUUAACUUCUCUGUAGCUGCAGAAAGGGAAAGGUUUUUGCUUCCGCUUUGGAGUCGGAAGUUUGCUGUCUGUCCGGUCGACGCGGCAGCGAUCGAGCUUGUGAGAGCUUGGCGAGGCGUUGUUGCCGGAGCUAAGCUUGGCCCAGCUGAUCUCGGUUCUCCUCUUCUAUCUUUGGAGGAUCACUUGACAGGUCUGACAUUUCAGGAAGAUGGGCCGAAGAAAAUCAAAGAGAAAGCCUCCUCCCAAGAAGAAAAUGACUGGCACAUUGGAGACUCAGUUUACUUGUCCCUUCUGCAAUCACGAAAAGUCUUGUGAUGUAAAGAUGGAUCGAGCACGCAACACUGGUGUUAUAUCCUGUACAGUGUGCUUGGAAGAAUUUCAGACUCCUAUCACAUAUCUGUCAGAACCUGUCGAUGUAUACAGUGACUGGAUAGAUGCCUGUGAAGCAGCCAAUCAGUAGUGACUCUGAGGACCCAGCCUGCUCCUGCCAAGGAUGGCUGUCCUAUUAGGCCCUGAAUAGCUGGAAGGCUUUCCUGAGACCACAAAGGAAGUCACUCCUAAGCUUCAAUUGCCCCCUCCCUGACCCAGGGUCCACCCCCCACCCCCAUUCCUUCUCUCCAGAACAAUGGAAGAAGAAUGGCUCCCUCUGUAGCUCUAGACUGAGCUAGGCCUGUACCUAUUCCUGAAGUUCUUGGAUUGGCAUCUGGAUUCCUUUGAAGGUGGGGAGGGGCAGUGGUUGAAAGCACUAAAGUUAGGCAGCUGCCAUGGGGUCACUGAAGGCUUUGGGCAGAUUUCCCUGUUCCCCAACUCUCUGGAGACCUGACUUGGACCUCUCCCCAGGGGAGGUGCAGAUACUGUGGCCUUACAUCAGUCAGAUGUGGCUGAGUUGUUUCAGAACUCCACCAGGACCUGGUUUCCCAAUGAGCAAACAGCCAGCCAGGUCUGGGGGAAGAGAUGAGCACUGGAGUGGCUCUAGCCACUGGGACUUAGCACUUGAUUGGUUUUAUCCUCUUUUCAUUUUAACUGGAAUCUUUUCCUCCCCUACCUGAAGUGACUUGAUUUCAGGCUGUCUAAAAGUCCCUCCUGUCAGUUACUACAAACAAUACUGAUCUUCCUGAGAAAGAUGGGGGUUUAGUGGGUUGAGGGUUGGGCAGGUGGAGGGAGAGAAACUAUCAGUGUCUCUUUAAUAAACUACUCUCUGAGAGAUCCCAA